AUGAGUUUGAACAGAUCCAGCACAUGGCAGCAGCAGCAGCAGCAGCAGCAGCAGCAGCAGCAGCAGCAGCAGCAGCAGCAGCUCCAGCAGCAGCAGCAGCAGCAGCAGCUCCAGCAGCAGCAGCAGCAGCAGCAGCAGCAGCAGCUGCAGCAGCUCCAGCAGCAGCAGCAGCAGCAGCAGCAGCAGCAGCAGCAGCAGCAGCAGCAGCAGCAGCAGCAUCAGCAGCAGCAGCAGCAGCAGCAGCAGCAGCAGCAGCAGCUGCAGCAGCAGCAGCAGCUCCAGCAGCAGCAGCAGCAGCAGCAGCAGCAGCAGCAGCAGCUGCAGCAGCAGCAGCAGCUCCAGCAGCAGCAGCAGCAGCAGCAGCAGCAGCAGCAGCAGCAGCUCCAGCAGCAGCAGCAGCAGCAGCAGCAGCAGCAGCAGCUCCAGCAGCAGCAGCAGCAGCAGCAGCAGCAGCAGCUGCAGCAGCUGCAGCAGCAGCAGCAGCAGCAGCAGCAGCAGCUGCAGCAGCAGCAGCAGCAGCAGCAGCAGCAGCUCCAGCAGCAGCAGCAGCAGCAGCUGCAGCAGCAGCAGCAGCAGCAGCAGCAGCAGCAGCAGCAGCAGCAGCAGCAGCUGCAGCAGCAGCAGCAGCAGCAGCAGCAGCUGCAGCAGCAGCAGCAGCAGCUGCAGCAGCAGCAGCAGCAGCAGCAGCAGCUGCAGCAGCUGCAGCAGCAGCAGCAGCAGCAGCAGCAGCAGCAGCAGCAGCAGCAGCAGCAGCAGCAGCAGCAGCAGCAGCAGCAUUUAGCAGUGAUUCCAUCAGUGUUUCAUCAACAUGCAACUGAUACAGUUUCACAAUAA